AUGUUGAGGAGAAACAAAAAUAACUUUGACUUGGUUAUUAGUGAUAUGGAUAUGCCUGACAUGGAUGGGUUUGAGCUUCUUGAGUUUGUGGGACUUGAAAUGGACUUACCUGUAAUCAUAUUGUCGGGACACAGUGAUACAAAUAUGGUGUUCAAAAGGAUUACACACAGUGCAUGUGACUAUCUACUGAAACUUGUUUGA